AUAGCUUUAAAAAAAUUCGUUUUUUUAUAUUGAUUAUACGGUUUAUACCUGUAUCCUGAUGUCAUAAUACCCCUUGAUUCAACUAAACAGUUUCCUCAUAUAAAGGCUAUUGUUUCACAAGUAAUUCAGCCGAUACUCCUUAAUAGAGUAAAUCUCUUAGUCCCGAAAUAAAAAAUUUCUGCGUUCUUACAUAUAACGUGGAUAUUAACUUUCAACAAAGAAUAAAUAAAUUGCUACUACUUUGAUUUUUCCGGAUUUUUUUAAAUCUAAAUUUCUAUUACCUUGUGCAAAUUUGAUUAACUAGAAAUUACAAUGGCUUCCCGUAAGAAAGUUCUUUUGAAAGUUAUUAUCUUGGGCGAUAGCGGUGUUGGCAAGACAUCAUUAAUGAAUCAAUAUGUAAAUAAGAAAUUCAGUACUCAAUAUAAGGCUACUAUCGGUGCUGAUUUUUUGACUAAGGAAGUGAUGGUUGAUGACCGUCUUGUGACAAUGCAGAUUUGGGAUACUGCUGGACAAGAACGUUUUCAAUCUCUGGGGGUUGCAUUUUACCGUGGAGCUGAUUGCUGUGUUCUAGUGUAUGAUGUUAACAACAACAAGAGUUUUGAAACGUUGGAUAGCUGGAGAGAUGAAUUCUUAAUUCAAGCUUCUCCACGAGACCCUGAAAAUUUUCCAUUUGUUGUCUUGGGUAACAAAAUCGAUAUGGAAGAAUCAAAGAGAGCGGUAUCUCAAAAACGGGCCAUGACUUGGUGUCAAUCCAAAGGCAACAUUCCUUACUUUGAAACAAGUGCUAAAGAAGCAAUUAACGUAGAAAAUGCAUUUCAGACUAUUGCGAAAAAUGCUUUACAACAGGAGACCGAUGCAGACUUUUAUAAUGACUUUCCGGAUCCAAUUAAGAUUGACAAUGAUACAUCCAAAUACGAUUCUUGUGGAUGCUAAGAAAGAUUCUUCUGUGGCCUUCAGUUAUAAAUUUUUAGCCGAAGGAGUAUGGUUGGACAAUUUAAAUUAAAACAAGGAUGCUGUUUUUAGGACAAUGAAACUUCUUAUUUCUUUUAUUUUUUCAUUGAACUAUAUAUGUCAUCAAGUUUCAAACAGUGUUUCUCUUUAUUUUAUUAUUUCAUCUUUAUAUUAUUACUUCUCAUUCCUUAUUAUGAUAUUACUGGACAUUUAUAAUAGGAGUGAAGAAUUAAGGUAACAUUAUGCACAUACACACUUUAUUUUUGUACAAUUAUCAAUUUGAUCUUCUGGUAUUUCUAUUUUAUUUUAUUAACUAUUGUAACUUGGAUGUUUUAUUUGGUUUUAGUGUUGUAUUGGUUGUGGGUUAAAUAAAAAAAUUUCAUAAUACUACGUUAUAUGUGAA